GUGGUGGCUCACACCUUUAAUCCUAGCACUCAGGAGGCAGAGACAGACGGAUCUCUGUGAGUUCGAGGUCAGACUGGUCUACAAGAGGUGGUUCUAGGACAGGCCCCAAAGUUACAGAGAGAGAAACCCUGUCUCGAAAAACAAAACAAAACAAUUAUCAAAAUAGCCAACAUGGACGUCUGGUUUCCACGUACGAACACAAAGGUCCACGCACACAAAUCACACACCACAACUAUCCCCAAUAUUAUUAGCACUGGAAGUAAGUAUAAACUCCACAGGUUUUCUUGUUCAACGAGAAUUUCUCAAAAUUGAUGAGUCUACUUAGGAAACAAAUUGGAACAAACAUAACCUUCUUUAUCUUUAUCUCUGUCCAUUAAAGAUCUUGAAAACACUUCUUUUAAAUCCUAAGACAGGGUUGUAAACCAGGUUGUUUUUGGAUUUGCUACGUAGACGCCUUGAACUCCGUGCAGAUCCUUCUGCGUCCACCCACCUCUCGAAGGCCGGGAUUAUCGCCGCGGUACCCUACUACACCCGACGCUAGUCUUUUUGAGGCAGGGUCUCUAAAACAAUCCCAAUCUGUUUGCCUGGAACUCGCGGCGAUCCCCCUGCCUCAGCACCUGUCUCCAGAGAGUGCAAGAAUAACAGGAAAAGAAACACCAAGUUCGGUUGAGAGGAUCCUAGCCAUUAAAGCACAAUCAGUGCAGGAAGCAAUUCUGGCUAGUCAGCCGGGAUUUUUUUUUUUUUUAAUUGCGCAUGCGUUUGGGUUUGGCCAACCCAUCCCGGAACUUAACCGUUGAUGAAAUGUAGUUUUAAAUCACCGGAGUUGUGAUCCGGUUCCUUCUUGGCGCUCUCGGCUCUCCAAAGAGCCUUGGGAUUGGACAAACGAACCCCAGGCCGGGAUCCGAUUGGUUAUCACAGCAGAGGGCCGCGGAGACUUUGCGUGACGCUACAAGACCGCCCUGUCGCGGGACUGGCCGGGCUUCCAGCCAAUCAGCAGGCGCGGCGCGCCCUUCGGUUUCCUGCUGCUGGCUUUUGCCGCCUGGGUUCCCGCGACCCCAACGUCCCAGAGGCGGGGCCACAGUCAUCUGGGACGCUUCUUGGAGCCGGCCUUAGGGUGCCUAGAAACAAACCCCGGCUUGGCGGCGGCCGUGACGAUAGCGACGGUGGAUCUUCGUGCUCCUGGUCCCCCGAGGCGCCCGCAGGGCCCGGGAAGCACGGGUACUGAGUACCAGAAACUGAAUAAAUCACUCACCAAGUAUAGAGCCUGUAGUUCCUCUAUAAAAAGCACCAGAUGAAUACCAGGUUUACUUCAAGCAAGAUGGUACCUUUUCACUUUCCCCCAUCAAAAUUGGCUCUUUGGAACCCAAUGCCAAUUGGAGAUUUCAUCUGCUUGCAUCUCUGUUACUACAGAAAGCCAAAACUUGUGGUAACUGAAAAGGCCAUCCGACUUGCUUAUCGUCAUGCUAAGCAGAAUAAAAACAAUGCGCCAUGCUUCUUACUUGGUUCUCUCACAGUGGAUGAAGAUGAAGAAGGUGUGACACUGGCAGUGGAUCGCUUUGAUCCUGGUCGAGCCGUCCCCGAGUGCUUAGAAAGAGCUCCUACUGCGUCUCUUCCUGGAGAUUUUCUGAUCCCCUGCAAAGUUCAUACUCAAGGACUUUGUUCAAGAGAUAUGAUAGUUCAUAAUGCAGAUGACUUCAGUUCAACUUUAAAGGCUUUGCAGUACCAUGUAUGUAGCAAAGAUUGCUUGGACUGUGGAAAGCUGCUUUCCCUGCGAGCUCAAAUCACCUCCAGGGAGAGUUUGGAUGGUGUGGAUUUUGACUUGCAUUGGGCAGCAAUAACGCUAGCAAAUUCCUUCAAAUGUGUGCCUGUGAAGCCUAUCCCCAUUAUUCCUACAGCUCUGGCAAGAAACCUGAGUAGUAAUCUGAAUAUUGCUCAAAUUCAAGGAACCUAUAAACAUGGUUGGCUUUCUGGAAUUAUACAUAUCUACAGCCCUCAGGUCUGGGCUUGCUGCUUGAGAUACAUGUUCAGUUCUUCUAUCAAGGAAAGGGUUUUUUCAGAAUCUGGAAAUUUCAUCAUAGUUCUUUAUUCACUGACGCAUAAGGAACCUGAAUUUUAUGAGUGCCUUCCUUGUGACAGUAGGAAGCCUGGCCUUCAGUUUCAGUUACUAACCAACAAGGAGACUUUGCAUCUUUUCCAUAAUGUUGAACCUUCUGACAAAAAUCCAAUCCAUUUUGAACUAAGUGCUGAAAGUCAAGAUGCAGAAGCAGAGUUUUUUGGCAAGAUUUCCAAGAAUCUUUCAGUUAAGAGAUCUCCUCAAAAAAUAUCUCCUGGGAAAAUAUCCAGAAAUAAACAUGGUGCUGACUUUGAAGAUGACUUUUCUCCAAGACCGAUUCCCAGUCCUCACCCAGUGAGUGAGAAGAUUUCUAAGAUCCAGCCGUCUGUCCCUGAACUCUCGCUUGUGUUAGACAGCAGCUUCACAGGCUCGAGUUCCCAGUCUAACCCGCUGGAACCGAUGACUGUGGAGAACCCUUUGUUGAUGAGGCCGUUGCAGCCUGAGCUUGGUGGUGACGAGCACAGCUCAGAGGCUGACGCCGGGGAGCCUUCCCUGAAGGGACAACCAAAUCAGCUAAGCCAGGACGCUGCUCUGAGACAGCCCAGAGGGAAGCGAUCACCUACCUGCAAGAAAGAAAGGCUCCAUCUCAGGAACACCAAUGUUAAACCGUUUCUUAAUGCACCAUCUCCUGAGGUAUCUGAGAAACUUCCAGCAGUUUCUGCUGGAAGCAUGCAAAAGGAAGACUAUCCUGUGAGCCCCUCCACGGUGAAUUCCAGGCAGCCCUCACUUGCAUCACAAGCCCACCCACACAAUUUUGUUUUUUCACCCCAUAAUUCAGCAAGACCAAUGGAACUUCAAGUACCUACGCCUUCACUGCCGUCUUACUAUCCCACAAACAUCUGCAACUGUUGUCAACGCCACGGCCAUAUUCAGUAUAGUACAAUAAAUUCUUGGCAGGGAAAUACAGUAGGGUCCGUUCAAGACCUCCGAAAUGAAGCCCUUCCAAAACAUGCGUUAUUUCCUUCAAGUGGAUGUCCAUCUCUGUAUCAUAAUGCCAUCUACUCUUCCGGCAGCCCUGUGGCCACGAAACCUCAGGGAGGCAUGGGUGCUUAUUCUCCCCACAACAAUGGAGAGCCAUCCCCUGUGGCAGGACCUUCACAUGUGGACUCAUGUAUGCCACAGACUUGUGCCAUGUGCAUGCACACACCCAGCACGGUGCCAGACAACGGCAUGAUGGGACUAUCUCCUGAUGCAUAUCGCUUUGUCACAGAGCAAGACAGGCAGCUGAGACUACUUCAGGCACAGAUUCAGCGCUUAUUAGAAGCCCAGUCUCUAAAUUCUGGCUCCCCUAAGACCACCACUGUGGAAGACACUGUGAAAGCGGCAAGACAAGUGGAGCUGGUGUCCAUGGAGGCACAGUCUUCGCCUGGCUUGCACAUGAGAAAAAGUGUGAGCAUCGCUGUGAGCACAGGUGCUAGCUUGUUUUGGAAUGCAGACGGUGAUGAUCAGGAGCCUGACUCACAGCUAAAGCAAGAUGACACCAAGAUUUCCAGUGAGGACAUGAACUUUUCUGUUGAUAUUAAUAACGAAGCAGCAAGUCCUCCUGGUAGCGCAUCUUCAUUAAAAGCAGUUGACAUUCCCAGUUUUGAAGAAAGCACCGUUGCUGUGGAAGAGUUUAAUCAUCUGCUUCCUGAGUCUAACAAUACUUCAGAGCAGAGAAAAGAACCUGAUGUGCCUGUGUUCUUCCCAAAUGCUUUGCUGGCUGAGAGUGUGAGCAUGUGCUUACAGACUGAGCCAACAGAGGGAGCCAGUAGCAGCGCUGGAUCACCAGAAGGACCAAGAGUUGAGCCUGACUUUCCAGCAGAUAACCAGAAAAUUUACCAGGACUUGUUGGGUAAAGUGAACCACCUACUAAAUAACUCCUCCCAAGAAAUUGACCAACUACCUACCAAAGCAGUAGUUGUCAACCAUGAAUGCACCAAGACCCAAAAUACUCACCAUGUAAGGAAAAAAAAGCACAAUUCAGGGCUGGUAGACAAAGACUGUGUGCUCAGUGCAACUAUUAAACAGCUAAGGAGCCUGGGAGUGAAAAUUGAUUCCCCCACUAAAGUGAAGAAAAAUGCCCAGAAAGUGGACCAUGCCAGUGUUUUGGCAUGCAUCAGCCCGGAAGCGGUGAUCUCUGGAUUAAACUACUUGUCAUUUGCUAAUGUUGGCAUGAGCGGCUUAAGCCCCACUGGUGUGGAUUUGAGCAUGGAGGCAAAUGCUAUAGCUCUGAAAUACUUGAAUGAAAAUCAGCUGUCACAACUGUCUCUCGCGCGAUCAAACCAAAAUAACUGUGACCCAUCUUUUGGCCUUCUACAUUUUAAUUCGGACAAAAGCAAGGUCGGCCUUAGCUUAGUUUCACCAAGCAACAUGUCAUUUGCAACCAAAAAAUACAUGAAGAGAUAUGGGCUCUUAGAAAGCAAUGACAAUAGUGAGGAUGAAGAGUCUUCCGGCCACACAGAUAGUGAGAUGGACCAUGAGUCGGAUAGAAACCCUGCACACAGACCUGCACAAUUUGGUCAUCAGAAAGCACUUUCUCAGAAUGCCUGUGAAAUAGCUCAGUGUUCUGACUGUGGCUCUGAGGACAUGCACCCAGAUAUGCCAGUGUUGAGAAAUAUCACAAAUGAGGCUGUGCAGCCAAGAGCAACAGAGCAGCUGAGUGAAGACCCUGCUUUCUCACUAAGGCAUCUUAAACCGGAUCCUGCAGUGAGCCUCCGAACCGGAAAAGCAGAGUUUACUCGACAUCCAGAGAAGGAAAAUGAAAGUGACGUUGUAGUGUUUCCUGGAACCUUGCAGCCUCCUGAGACUUUAAAGCAUCUGAAUAGCAGGAAUUCAGUGGGCACCUUCUUAGACGUGAAGCGCCUCCGACAGUUACCGAAGUUAUUUUAGCUCCGCCCCUCCUUUGUGAUGUGAGGACUGGGUGUGUAUUGCCGGCACUUAAGAAAGCCAGACCUUUGGGAUCUCU